UUUUUCAUGAGCGUCAACGUCAAAAAGGCUCUUUUCACGCGCUCUUUGGAGUUCUCGUUCGAAAACCAUAAUUAAUGGUCGUAAAUACGCCGUACUUAAAAGAUUAAAGAAUUAACUAACAGCUUUGGAAAAAGACAAACCAAGAAUGAUAUAUAAUCCGGUUUGGUUUGAUUUAUAUCUGUCUGAAUGGUUUAGUUGGUUCAGUAAGUUUGGUCGGUUUUUUUUCUUCUUUUCUCCAAGCUGCCGAUGACUAGUUCCUGAGGCGGCAGAUAAGACAAGUCGGUGAUCGGAGAAGUCUAAAAUCAUCCAAAAGAUGCCGCAACCAAGCAAAGAGCCGUGCAAGAAAGAGGCUUGCGACAUUCAAGCAUGUCUCUCCAAGAACAAUUUUCUUCCUCAAAGGUGCCAGACAGUGAUAGAGAAAUUACAGGCUUGUUGUGAGAAAUGCAACAACGAGUCAACGCAUUGUGGAUCUGUAUCUGCCCUCUUGAAGCAAAUCAAGAAAUAAUGUAAUACAAGGACGAGAGGGAUGGCAUCAUCAAGAAGAGACUUGAAUACACACAUUUAUUUACUCAUUUCUGUCUCCUCUAAUACGAUAUGAAUAUGUUUUUGUAAAAAUUUGUCGUCACCUUCCAAAUAAAUAAAAAAACAUUUUUUAAAAAAA